GUAUCCUUUUGCGGCGUUUUCUAAAAUCCAUGUUCUACGAUGUCGAGGAAACCAAAAAAAUUAUUGAAUUGAACUACUCAAUGCGAAACAAAUAUCCUCACUUAUUUAUCGAUCGAGACCCCGAUGAUGAUGGAAUUAAGGCGAUACGGGAUGUAACAGAGUUGAUACCUCUGCCAGGCCUAACACCAGAGGGCCAUAAAUUGCUAUUCUUUCGUCUAGGCGACAAAGAUCCUAAAAAGAUGAAUAGUAUUGAAGAGUGUAAGACAUUUUUUAUGCUUGCUGACUGCCGUUUCACCGACCUCGAUCUUGAAGAACCAACACUACGAAAGGUAAAGGAAUCACAAGAAACUGCCGAUGCAGAGACUGGCACCAAAACUGAAAAUGAAAUUGAAGAUGAGUCGCUGGAUGAUAAUAUUAUAGCAAAUGGCGAAGUGCAGAUUUGUGACAUAGACGGAUAUACUCUAUCCCACAUGGCACGCAUUUCCUUUACAAUAUUACGCAUGUAUAUGAAUUUCUUACAAGAGGCAUAUCCGGUGCGUUUGCGCGCCAUGCACAUCAUCAAUUGUCCACCAUUUCUAAACAAAAUGAUCGCUAUUGUCAGACCCUUCGUGCGUGAUGAGGUUUAUAAAAUGAUUCAUUUCCACACCGAGGGCAUAGAGAGUUUAUUUGAACAUGUCCCGCGCGAUUUAUUGCCCAACGAAUAUGGCGGCAAAGCGGGUACAGUAUUUGAAUUGAAACAGAAAUGGACAGAGGAAUUGUCAAUUAAGAGGAGUUAUUUAAUGGAUCCGAAGCACUGGAAAACGGAACAAAGUCAAAACUCGCGCCGUUGGUAUUGGUUUUAGCGAUUUUACGAAUUUACUUACCACACAUGUAUAGUACUUGUGUACAUGCAUGCAUAUGACCAGCGUAUGUUAGUAAAUAUUUAUAUUUUACAGUUUUA